AUGUUUAGUGGUCUAUUUAUUUUGGGUUUAAUCCCUGCAGCACACUGCUGGUCUCCAACAGACUCCUAUGCUCCCGGAAUAGUAGAUUGUCCGUCAUAUUUAAGCAAUAAGUCUUACAACACUGACGACCAUAUUGGGUUUGUGCGUGCGGCCUCAGGUCUCUCCCAGUCUGAAAGCCAAUGGAUUUCCAGUAGAGAUGAGUUGACCAAUAAAAACCUACGUGAGUUCUUGGAUCUUGCAGACAUGGAAGAUUUCAAUUCUGACGACUUCAUGGAUGAUCUCAGUACGGCUGCUCAAUCAAACAGUACUGUGCGUGCUACGCCUCGUAUUGCAUUGUCCUUUAGUGGUGGUGGUUACAGAGCAAUGCUCUGUGCUGCUGGUCAGAUUUCUGGCUUGGAUUCGAGAACCAAUGGUUCUAGCGAAUAUGGGGUUCCCAUCCUCUCUUCUGCUUCAUACAUCGCCGGCCUAUCUGGUGGCUCAUGGUUUGUGUCUACACUUGCAUACAACAAUUGGACUUCUGUUCAGGAUAUAAUUGACCAGAUAGAUGACAGUGAUGCAAUCUGGAACCUAAAGCAUAAUAUUAUUAAUCCCGGUGGCAUCAACAUCUUGAAGACGGGAAGCUACUGGAAGACUAUUGGUGAUGAUCUCGACGCGAAAAAGGAUGCCGGUUUCAAUAUUAGUCUAACUGAUCCUUGGGGAAGAGGAUUGUCGUAUCAGUUUUUUACCGGCUUGGAAGAUCGUGGUGCUGCCAUGACUUUCUCAUCACUUCGAAACUUCCCUGUUUUCAAAAAUCAUUCUAUGCCAUUCCCGUUGGUAAUAGCCGACGGUAGGAGACCUGAUUCUUAUGUCAUCGAUAUGAAUUCAACCGUUUUUGAAUUCAAUCCGUUUGAAAUGGGUUCUUGGGAUCCUUCCCUCUACUCCUUUGCUGAUUUAUACUACGUAGGAACAGAUAUCAAAAAAGGAAAACCCGUCAAUGAUACGUGCUAUGCUGGUCUUGACAAUACUGGUUUUGUUUUUGGAACCUCCUCUACCUUGUUCAAUCAAUUUAUUCUUCAAUUGAAUACCACAGGCAUAUCGGGUGCUGUUUAUUCCCUUAUCAAUGACUUUUUGGAAAAUAUUAGCGAUGAACAAGAUGACAUUGCCGAGUGGAGGCCUAAUCCCUUCCUAAAAUCUCCUUGGGGAAGUAGUGACAGUUUAAAAAAUAAUGGCUCUUUAUAUUUGGUGGAUGGUGGUGAAGAUCUUCAAAACAUUCCACUUUAUCCCCUUAUUCAACCGGAAAGAAAUAUUGACGUUGUGUUCGCUUAUGACAAUUCCUAUGACACUGAUCAACUCUGGCCAAACGGUACUUCUAUGAUACAGACUUAUCAGCGUCAAUUUGGUGAUCAAGGUAACGGAACCGCCUUUCCUUACGUUCCAGAUUCGGAAACUUUCUUAAAAUUGAAUCUUACUGCCAGACCGACUUUCUUCGGAUGCUACGUCGAUAACCUCACAUCUUUGAUGGAUGACAUCGGUGCCAGUUCUGUUCCUCCGUUAAUUGUUUACACGGCAAAUCGUCCAUUUUCCUUCAAUUCAAACACUUCAACCUAUAAGAUGUCGUAUGAAACUGAUGAAGUUCUUUCGAUGAUACAGAAUGGGUUUGAAGUUUCCACUAGGAAAAACUUGACUGUGGAUGAUGAAUGGAGAGCUUGUGUUGGUUGUGCUAUCUUGCAAAGGUCUAGAGAGGUUAUGGGUACUGCAUUGGGUGACCAGUGUAAAAGGUGUUUUGAUAGAUACUGCUGGGAUGGCUCCAUUGCUGGCAGUAAUGUCACUACUCCUAAUGCAUUCACUGAUGAUGGUAUGUAUUACGCCAGUAACUCCACCAAUGGCAGUAGCAGCAAUUCUGUCUCUUCUUCUGGAUUUGCAACUGCAGAGGGCAACCAUCGCUCCUCCUCUUCUAGGGGUGCUGCUGCCAUAAAUGCCCUACCAUCUGCUGAUUUGCUUGGCACCCAAGAUUUACCCAACCGACGCAAACUGGAUAAGCAGUCUCCAUAUGUGGUGGCCCGUAUACAAGAUCAAAUUCAAAGAACCAGAGUGGUUCCGAGAGGUGGACAGACUCCACAUUUCGACCAAGAGCUAUGGUUCUCUUUGGAUAACGUUGAAUCCUCUACGAUAAAUCUUAUGAUUUACCACCAACAAAAGAAAGAUUCCGAACUUGUCUGCCAAGCAGAUAUUGAUUUUUCUACAGCCCUGAGGCGUCCCGUGAACGAGGGUUAUGAUGCCUGGUUUAAUCUCUAUUACAAGGGCAAACCUGCGGGAAGAAUAUAUCUUGAAAUGACGUAUUAUAAUUCAACUGACUCGGUUCCCAUUGGAGUAGGUAGUGGUAAAACUGCUGUUGUUCCGAAUAAUGACAUAGGAAAGGCAUUUUACACAAGUACUGCAUCCAGAUCUUCCGCAGGAUCAGACUUUCCUCCUGGUAGUACAGCUAAAAAUCUUCCUCUUAUGACAUCUUAUAAACAGCAGCUUCCAACUUUGCCUGAUUUAGAAUCAAUCGAGGAUGAGGACAGCCCAAGUGAUGUGAGUGAACCAACUUCUUUUGACUCAAGGAAGAAAGCAAGCGUUAGGUCUAUUGGUGAUAGCGCUGUUAAUAAGGGCUGGUUUUCCAAAAUUGUGGAUAAUGCUUACAGCAUCAACAAGACUAUACCAUCAUUAUUUGGCGUAGCACAAUCCACAGUCUCACAAGAAAAUUCAAAGAAGUUGGAUGAUAUCAAAUUGAAUCAUGGCCAUGGCAAUAAGUUCCAGAGACAACUUUCCAGCCCCAAGUUAGUCAAAGAUAUACCUAGAAAGUUAUUUGUGGACUCAAGUGAUGAAGAAGAAGGUGAUGAAAGCGAAAUAAAUGAAGAGAGAGGAAGGGUGGAAAAAAGAGAAAGAAUGGAGCAAAGACGUUUUACUGGUCAAAAAGGUUCGGAGUUGUUUGCAACAGGACAAAGAGUAGAGUUUAUAGGUUCUGCGAAGGGGAAGCCGAAACAUAGACCUACAGCACCAGUAGGAUAUUUUGAUGAUAGCGACGAUAGUGACGAAGAAGAACAGAAGUUCUCAAGCCUCAGACAAAGUUUCAAAAGCAAACCACUUCCAAAGAUUCAGAUCCACAAAAAGGAAGCACAACAUCACCUUUCAGAUAUGCCACCACCUCCACCAAGGCAUCUGAUUCCUACAGAUCUAGAUUCUGUGCUUUCAUCAUCUUCAAAUAUACGUAAGAAAUUUGUAUCGAGAGAUGAUAAGCCACGUCAAGUGUCCGAAAGCUGUAAGCAAGAUACUCUUUCUUACUCUCAAAUUCGGAGAAUGAAGCUUCUAGGACUAGUGGGAAAUUAG